AUUUUUUAUUUGUUUAUUUCACAGGAUGAACAGAUUGGGUUCCUGGUGGUACUCUUCAUGUUUAUAGUAGUGGGUAAUUCUAUAGUACUAGCUGCCAUUGCUUUGUCUAAAGAACGACGAAGAUCUCGAAUGAAUUAUUUCAUAAUGCAUCUGGCUGUUGCAGAUCUUUUGAACGGUCCAUUGAAUGUAUUGAUAGAUCUAAUAUCUAAGAUCACUAUAUACUGGUAUGCAGGAGAUGUUUUAUGUCGAUUUAUUCAAUUUACUAGAGCGGCAGUAAUCUAUGCUUCCACCUUUAUGUUGGUGGCUCUUAGUAUUGACAGAUUAGAUGCAGUGGCAAGACCAAUGAACUUUUCUGGAAGUUGGCUUCGAGCAAAGGCAUUGAUUGGAACAGCAUGGGCAUCAUCUCUGUUGUUCGCGACACCACAAUUAUUUUUGUUUCAUGAAAAGAUACAUCUUGGUGGUCCACAUUGUUUUAUAGACCUGUCAGAACCAUGGCAGUGGCAGAUCUAUAUAUCGGUUAUCGCCCUGAUAAUAUUUGUUAUUCCGGCUAUCAUUAUUUGUAUUUGUUAUGUUGUUAUUGUUAUGAUCAUCUGGAGAAGUAGCAGAUUAUUAAAACCGUCCGAUUCACAAAAAUCUUUUCGAUCAUUCAAGUCAAAAGAUGAAGAGAGUUGUAGUAGUUCAAGAGGAGUUAUACCACAAGCAAAAAUCAGAACGAUCAAAAUGACGUUCCUCAUUGUUUUAGUGUUUAUUAUUUGUUGGAGUCCAUAUUUUAUUUUCAAUUUGUGCUCGGUUUAUGGGUAUGUCGAUUGGUCUCUCCCAUCAACAAUCAAAAUCUCUACCUUCAUCCAAAGUAUGGCACCAUUAAACUCGGCAGCCAACCCCAUUAUCUAUGGUAUAUUUAGUACCAGGAUUUGUAGGUAUGUUCCUUUUAUUUUUUAG